ACGAACGAAGAAGAAGUCAACCGCCGGAUAUUCCGAGGAUCAAUAUGAAACAAACAAUACAUUCAGGAGGUUUUUGACUUUAACUUUCAAUAAUUGCUGGGAUUAUUACACAGGGACUAAAUGGGUGCAUAUUAUUGCGCCAUAUGUAAUCAGACAACAUUCUGCGGGAAGAAGAAACACAUCUUUGGAAAAAAUCACCAAAGCAGACUCAGAGUCGUUCUACUUAAAUUUACUGAAAAGGUCAAAGAAGCUCGACGAACCCUUAAAAGACCCCAAGUGGAAAAGUUUGAUUGCACUCAGCACAAGCAGAAGUUCUGGUGCUACUGCUGUGGUCUUGAAGUUGAACGGGACGUCACAGAUGACAACAUGACAGUGAUGUAUGGAGGCUUAUUGGAGCACAUGGCCACACGAGAACACAGAAACAGUACUUAUAAGUUUUGGUGGGACAACAAGGCUGACCCCAAGCUUAGAGAUAGAGUCUUAAUCACAGAGGAAGAAACUGAAAGGUUUAAGGCUGAAGUGGCAAAAGUUUUGGAAUCCUUUGUGGAAAAGGAAGACGAGUAUAUUAAGCAGCAAGCUGAUGUUAUCCGGGCCCAGGAAAAGCACCGCCAGGAGGUCUUCCAGUGUCUUUUAGAGCCCAAUGAAGAGCGGGAGUUAUCAAAUGGACCCAGCAGCACCGAUCCAUCGGUGGAGGUUUCUGUCAGUUCUCAGUUUCAGUCUCAAGUGUCGGAGCAGCAGGUUGGGAGCAGGUUUGACCCGAUUAUUGAGGCGCCCUGGACACUUGCAGGACGAAGCCUGACUUUUAUCGGUUAUCAGGAUUCAUCAAGCAGUGGAAAUGUGCAUACGGGAGCCGUUCCGCCUUGGCUCCAAGAAGAUCCACUAGAGGGGCCGUCUGGAGCAGCGGCACAGGCUGAGAUCGGCCCGUCACUCCAGGAGUUCCUCAAGCAAAAGGAGCAAGAAAAACUAAGGAAACUUCCUCCGAAUAGAGUGGGAGCCAACUUUGAUCACAGCUCUCAUACAGACGCCAACUGGCUUCCCUCUUUUGGUAGAGUGUGGAACAGUGGCCGGCGCUGGCAGUCCAGACACCAAUUCAGACAAGAGGAGGGGCAGAAGAAUAAACAGAAGAGGAAGCGGGAACAUGCCACCAGCGGUUCAAAAACAACAAAACCAGCCAAACAGGCGCCCAGUUCUGAUAUUUAAAACUUGAUUCCAUGCAUUAGUACUAAGGUUUGGAAUUAUGUUUCUAUGUGUUAAAUUGGUUUUUAUGCAGAAUUUUUGUGAAGCUUUCUUGCAGUGUAGAAACCAAUAAAACACUCCACCAUUAA